AUGGGAAAGGAUACUAAAGAAAGCAAUGAAGUUGACAAAGUUCAAGUGGAAAUUGAGGUCCAAUCGGCUACUCCUGACGGCGGCUGGGGAUGGCUGGUUUGCCUCGCUGGGUUCAUAGCUCAGUUUGUUAUACUUGGGAUACAGAAUAAUACGGGUAUCCUGUACAAAGCUUUGUUGGUGGAAUUCAAUACCGGCAAAGGAGAAACAGGUUAGUGAUUUAAAUUUCUACCAAAAGUCUCUUAUGACUAUAAAUCUUGUCAAUAUCAUUGCAAGUUUCAAGAGAGCUUUCGGAAGAGAGCUAGCGCUCGAAGCUCUCGCAUCAAGUCACCCGCGGUCCCAUGUUUUAUUUGUCCAAACAACUAAUCCAAAACUCUGCUAGUUUUAUUUAGAUCUCUCGUUCUUUAAGUAUUAACUCGCAUUCCCUCUUGGCUGUACAAUAUUUUCGGUAUGGAUACAACGGAUUUCAAAAUUUUUUUUCCUUUUGAAACGGCAUCGGCAACCGCAAAUUGCGCCGAAAGAUGGGUUAUCCCGGCCAAUGAAUAUGUUUUUUUUCGAAUCAGCAAUACUGAAAUUAGAUUGCUUCGUCAAUGGGUUAUGGCCUCUCGGGUUCAACUUUCGAUUUGGCGUCCUCGAAGAUGUGUCAGAUGUAGAAGUUUCGAUUUCUUGUUCGAAUGCGCAGAAUUAAUAUCUCAAUCUCUAUUUCUUUAAUGUAAGUAUAAAGUUUUUAUCAGGCGAUCGUUUCGUAACCGUUGAUACAGAAAUUUCUCGUGUAAGUUUAUUGAAAAUCCACAGAUUGGUCGAUUUCCUCUGAAACUCUUUAGCGCGCGUUGAAAGAAAAAGAUCUCCGGCGUUCGUUAAUAUCCAGAAUACCUUUUACCGGAAGUGAAAUUGCAGAUUUUAAAAUGCAAAUGAUGGACCUUAACCCGGACAAUAAAAGACAGCUGACGCAAGAAAUUAAAAUAGCAAAGUUUCAUAUUCUCGCUUUUCUUCGAACCUGACGCAUAAAUAAACUUGUGAUCGUUGAGGUGUAUCACAGAUUUUAAAACAGCCUAGCAUUCUUGCGACAUCUUUUAGAGGCAACUUCCGCUCCCCGUUGACAGCACACUUUCUGUGCAUGUCACUGUACUCCUUUGUAUUCAUGAAUGUACUUUUGAAAUUGACCAUUCUCCGUUUCUGUUUUUCGUUGCUGUCCUCUUUUAUCGGCCUAUUCUUCUACUUCCAGAUGGAACGCGCCUCAAAGAUAUUAUUAAAAGAUAUAUUUCUGUGGUUGUAUUAAAUUGCCAUGCCUCACCUUGCAUUGAGCACAAAAUUUUGCUUUUCGAAGUGAAAACAAGUUGAAGAUAAAUUCUUUAGUGGAUCGUGCCAGGUUGUUUGUGCUCCAUUGCAGCGUUCAAGUGGUCAGUAAAUUUAUUUCCGACCGAAAACAUUAGCAUCUAUAUAAGGAUUCCAGUUCCGAGCUUCAGUUUUGCACUUUUUGGGGCUCGAAGAUUUGGGAGCUAUUCAAACUGAUUUGCAUGCUUCAAAAACAACUUUAACUAAUUUACAUGCAGAUCGCAGAAAGAUUUAACGACACUUAUCUAAUGAAAACGUUUUAACUUUGAAACGUGAAGAUAUCCAAAAAACCAAGGUUUAAUUUUGCAUGUGACAGGAAAUCUUCACAUCGUACUUGAGGGAUAUAUGAUUUCGUGGUUCUUGAUCUCAUUACAGACUCUUAUUUAAUAAAGGCGUACAUUCGCGUGUGCGAGAAGGCUUUCUAGAACUGUUCCUGGAGUUAUCAUAUGUGCCUUUGUAGAUAAGCAAUUGAUAAGAAAUCGGGAAUCCAGAAUAAUAGAUGAAUAAUCGCUAUAUAUUAAAAACCCUUUCAUUCUGUACUGUCAAGGUGACAUUUUUCCUCGCGCAAAGUUUCCGGCACAAAGUACUCGACUCGACUGUUUUUCGAAAAAGGGAAAUGAUACUCAGGCGUUGUUGGCGCGCAACUCCAUGAGACGACUGAGCUGAGAAACUAGCCUGCAAUAUCGCUUAUACUCCUCAGUAAUUCUCGUUGUGUGUGGUAAUAUUUGGUUUUUAGAUUCUUGUAAUGUACUGUUUGGAAUUGCUCCAACUCGUGUCAAUCAUCGUUUCUCUUAUCUACGUAAUUUUACCCUUUGUCAUGAUGGGACAUGUUUCAAUUGUUUGUUCAGCACGAAUCAAAAUGACCUUCGGAACAAAAGUACAGUAACACCAACCAUUUGGAGCCUAUGAAGGUCUAUGAAAACGUUUUGAAACAGCAAAGGAAGUCCUUUCCCCCUAUUUUUCUGGGGAUCACUGCGCAUUUUACCACGUUAUGCCUUGAAAGCACUGAUCUUCUUGAAGGAAGUUUUGUAUCAAGUCAAAAACUGCAACACGAUGUAUGUGUUUUGCACGUGGUGCAGUUCUUAAUGGUAAAACUGAUUUAGAAUUAAAGGUACCCAUUAGGCAGCCCUACCCACGAAAGCAUUGCGGACGAUGCAAACAGAUGAUGAGAGCUGAAAAGAUCUUACCGUGCGUCCGAAUUCUGACCCUCAUUACCCCCUACCCCUCUCCAGCGGCGAAGAGCGAGGAGAAACGGGUGUUUUCGCAGGCCAAGGAGAGGAUACUGUAUGACGUUUCUCGGCUUUUUAGACCUUGUAAUAAUCUUAUGAUUUUAUAUUUUUGUGAAUGCAGUGAUCUGGUUAAGCUGUAACGUGAAAAGAAAUGCGUCUUUAAUUUUAAGUGCGCCCGGCCCAUAAUUAAUACUUUUAAAAAUACUUUUUCUUCGAUUCAGUAGAUUCUAAUGGGGAAGUUGGAGAUUUGCAAAAAAAUGCCGGAAAUCCAGGAAAUCGGCGAUUUCCUUCCGCCCGUAAGAAGCCAGUCCGUUGUUCCUUAAAUACUCGCUGUUGCGUUCUGGAUUUGGUUAUAACUUGACCUCGUUAAAUCCUCCCCACACCUCUCCCGCUUAAAAAAAAGUGUGUGAUGUGGCUAACUGUCACCUAUAAAACUAGAAAUCAUGAAAACUGUUGCAACGAAAUGAGCACUUUAUUCCUAACAUCAGAGUCCCAACACAUUGUCCAAGGAAAUUAAAAUAUUUUAGAAUCGAUCAAGUUAGGUUCAAUGCAAGUUUGCAGUUGUCUGUGGCUUUAACUUGAUCUUUGGUUCAAUUUUUCUUAUCUACUUCUUUUCUUACAUUUUUUCGUGACAAUUGCUAAACGGGAAUGACGGACGACUAGCCUGAGUAUCAGGCGUUUCUGGGGAAAAGGGGAAAGAUGGAAGCGAAAAAGGGAGCCAUCUAAAAUCUCCUUUCCCCUAGCCCCUUAGGAAGGCCGGAUACUCAGGCUAACGGACGACAGGAAUUCAUACUUUAAGUUUUUAAAAAACACAUGUACAUUAUUUCAAGUGCUAGAUGAUCUAAUUACAUAUAUUUUCCCUCAUCGAUAAAUUAUUAUAUUUUGUCUCUUGAACAUUUUCCUAUUUCCUAUUUUUUUUCCCUUGUCCAUGUAAGAUAAGAUCGAUCUUGGCUUCCAUUUUCGUGCAAUUCUUAAAAGUGCCAUUCGUUUCUUUGGAGAAAUUUUCAAAUUUACUUAAUAGAUCUCAAAAUACAUUAACCAUCGAUUCUAUAAACGCCUGAACGCGCGGACGAACACGUAGGAGGUAGUUGAAGCUUUCAUCACGAAAGAGAACUCGAUCCGAGAAUCGAAUUUAAUCUUUUAUUUUAAUAUCAUUUCCUGAUUGAUUUGUGAUGUGUACGAUCUGUCUUAAAACUUUGCGCCUUUUAGAAACGUGAAAAAAUUUUUCCGAGCAGUACUCCCUACGUUCGUGAUUUUGUUUACAAGGGACCCGUACGUCAUUGUUAUUUUCUUUAGCAAGCAGGCCUAAUCAAUAAAUUAUUUUAUUUAUUCUCGUAAAACGUGAUCUGGUAAGCGGAGAGCAAAGCAUGUCAUCAUCUUUGCAUAAGCAUGCCGGUCACGUCCGAUUUAUAAUUUUCGGUAGCCUGAGCGCAGGCCUCUUUAUAAAUUUAUAAACCUCUUUCCUCGCGAGGUUAAAAUUUUUGGCUGAUCGUGUGACCAGAAUUUCAAUUUGUCGGGUUUUAGUCUUGUACAUUUUAUUCGGAAAUUUGGCGUAUAUACUUCUGGGUUCCCCCACUUCCUGUAUUAGCCACCGGGGAUUUGAGCUACUUCAUAUCAUUUUUUUUCUGAUGUUUUUAAGUUGUGUUUGUUUGUUAUAUUAAUUUAUUUUUGUAUAUUUUUCUUCUUCCCCUUAGCAUGGGUCAUUUCAAUCGGCCUUGGCAUGAUGUUUCUAUUCGCCCCAGUGACGUCAGCUUUAUGUGAGCGCAUUGGCUGCCGGAUAGUCGCGUUUGUUGGUGGUUUGUUAGGCAUUCUGGGAUUUGUCUUGUCCUCGUUUGUUUCCGACGUAUAUCGCCUUUACGUCACUUUUGGUAUUUUGUGGGGAGUUGGGGCGAGUAUGAGUUACUUGCCAACGCUUCGAUCGCUUCCCUACUGGUUUUCGAGGUGAGCGCGGUUUAUAAAAUUCAUAUUAAAGGGCAAAACUAUGAAAAUGGUUGAACGGUUAUAACUAAGGCCCGUUUCAAACGUCGUACUACUGCCGAGCCGAACUAAAUUGAUCGAAUUAAAUUCGACUUUAGCAUAGCAGUAGCGCGACGUUUGAAACCAAAUCGUGCACCUUUCAUCCUUAAAGAGCCCUAUUCAAGGAUUUUUCUCUGCACUCGCGCUGAGCAAAGCAGACCGUCAUAAGCUGGAUCUUUCUCUCUGAAAGUUUGUUUUAAACCAUUCUCUCCUGGGAAUUUUGCCGAAAAAAACGCCUUUUGGAGCUAGCCGAGCCGUUUUCUUGCCACUAUCUAGCUAAAAACACGACAGACAAAUAAACAAACCCAAAACGCUGUUAUGAAGUCUGGCACUACGCUGCAUGCUAAAUAUAUAUGCUUCCGAAGUUCGGGUAUGCGCAGGUAAAAUUCCUCAGUGGGGUUUAAAAGAAGUAUAUGUCAGGAGUGGAGUAGUUUUCUUUAGAAGAAGGCGACUACUGAGAUAAAAAGGAUGAAUAGUUGGCUAGCUGGUGUUAGAGGAUUUAUCCGUGGAAUGUUCGGUUAGAGUAGCCGUUCUCUACAUAAAUAAAAACGGUACCUCAACCUUAAUAACGUUUUUUUUCCUCCAAUGUUAAUUUUAAAUCUUGCUGAAUAUUUAUUCUCUUGCUUCUGUUCUUUCAGGCGCAUCAGUCUCGCAAACGGUAUUGUUACAGCGGGGAGUGGCUUCGGCACUAUCGCUAUGGGCCCACUUAUGCAGCUGGUAGUGAACCGUCUUGGGUGGGGCAAUUCUACGAGGGUGCUCGCUGGGGUAUUGUGUCUCUGCACCAUCGGCUCCUUACUUUAUAGAAUCCCCAGCCAAGCUGGCAAGGAAAAGGUUGAGAAGGCCAAAGAAGCCGAGAAAAAGAAGCGUCCUCCGAUUUUCGACUUUACGGUUUUCAAGAAUAAGGCGUUCUUGGUGUGGUGUUUAUCCUUGAGUGCGUUCAUGAUGGGAUACUUCGUCCCUUUUGUUCAUUUGGUAAGUUAUUGGUCCCUCUGCCCUGGACUCCGAACAGACCACAAGCUAACUUUUUCAAACCAUAAAGAUAUUUAAGAUCUCAUAAACUUGAGACACGACAAAAUAAAAUUACAAGUCGUUCUUCGUAUUUGCAAUUUCAGAUGCUUAAAUGGGUGCAGUUGGUGGGUUUUUGUUUUUUGGAAUAGGGGAAGGAUUGUUUUUGAGUUUGAACAAAUCAGGUGUAAUGUUUUUUAAACCGUGACUCUGCGUCCCUUCCAACAACAUUUUCUGCUUGUAGAUUUCGUCAUCAUUAUUUCGCUCAGACUUGGUCAACCGUCUUUAAGCGCUUUCACUGUAUUUAGUAAUUAAGACCAUCAACUUAUUUCUGUUACUGAUGUUUGGAAUAAAAUACCAGGAUUGCCACAUCAAUUACCACGAAUGCCACAUCUCUUAAAGGUCUUGAAAAGGAAGUAAAACAUUACUAUUAUCAUGCGUAAUUAUUUUCCCUUUUCGUUUAUUUCUUAUUAAUUUGCCCCAACGUAUGCACCCGUUUGUCUCUUUUUUUGCUUCCAUCUUCUUUUGUCCAGGUAAAAUUAGAUAAAAUAAUAUCUUCUGUCAAAUGUCAGAUUAGGUGCUCGAUUGGACACCUUCACACAUCCCCUGAAUGAUUAUGUAUAUUAAAGAUAUAAUUGUAUUUUGUCGUGUGGGAAUAAAGAAGUUUGAAGCACUCUCUCAUUUCUACUCAACAGCCUGCCUAUGCCGAAGAGUGCGGUAUUCCAAAUUCUCAGUCUUCAACACUGGUCGGCAUGAUGUCGGUUGGAUCAACCUUUGGUCGGCUCUUCUUCGGCAAAAUUGGCGAUCACCCGAGGGUGAACCGACUGUACUGUUUCCAAAUAGCUAUGCUGGUAAUUGGCGUGGCAGACACUCUGAGUACCCUGACAAAAACUUAUGCCGGUCUUGUCGUGUACAUGGUUGUGUUCGGCGUGUUUGAUGGCUGUUUUGUAGUUUUUCUGGCUGUUCUCUGUGCGGAUAUCGUUGGUGUGGACAAAGUGGCUGCUGGAAUUGGAGUUCAGUUCUUUUUCAUGGCCAUCACGUCGAUCGCUGGACCGCCUCUUGCAGGUAGGUUAUAGCGUAAGUUAGAAAAAUAGCUGCUUUCUCUCGCAUAAUCCAUGUCUUGAAUCCUUGCUUCAACUUCUUACCUAGAGCCUUUCUAUGGGUACCUGCCGAUUGUGACAGAUCGUGACACCAUUUUCGUCGCGCGUUUUCCAUCAAAUCGUCGGUUUUAAAACGGAAUCGUAGCAUAUCAAGAAUUGUUUUGCGUAGUAAUGCUACUAGCAAGCUCGACCAACCACGAAGACAACGACGAGACCAAGAAAAUGAGCAAAGCAGCAGUUUAAAUAGGCGAAACAAAAACUCUGAACAUUGCGGUCAUAGCCUGUGUACAGAUCCCCCCUCCCCUUAGUAAAAAUCGGCGGGAGGGGAUGCGGGUCAUGAGAAUUAAGGACAGAAUCACACAAGAUGGAUCUAAUUGAUACUUCAACAAAUUCUCUCCACUACUUCUAUUGAAAACGUAUAGGGAUAACAAAUGAGAAUUUGAAUUUUGAUGUUAGGGUUUAAUGGGUUAUUGGAGGUUCAACUGUAUCUAACUUGAUACGUUUUUUGUCCUUGUUUUCUGGCAGGAGUUAUUUACGAUCUCUCCCAGUCAUACCAGAUCGCCUUCUACGUAGCUGGAGCGUGCUCCACACUGGCUACUUGUAUGCUGUUCCUUGUACCUGCUCUAAUGCCGCCUGAGGAGAUUAGCGAGGACGGCCCCGACCGCGUAGAGACUGUUUGCUCCAAAGAGAGUGAAAAACCUUUAAUGGAUCGCAUUCGUUCACCAGACUCUUCCAACCCCACAACUUCGACUAAAGCGAGUCUGGGAUCGUGUCAAAAACUGAAUAGUACUAUGUACCUCGCACCCAACCAGUCGUAUCUAGACAGAUAUUGGGACAUGCCUAAAAGAACAAGUAUGAGAGCCAGCAUGGCAAGCCUUCUAUCGUUUGGGCCAGUGGAACCAGGUCGAGAGCGUCUAGUUGUGGUUGAGAGAGUAUCACAAGUGUAGACGUAAAGCUGACAUCGCGCAACUUAACGCCCGUACUCACUAAUCACAAAACUGCGCAUGGUUUUAGACGACGUGUUGGUCCCAUCAUCAUCCUACUCGAAGAUGUUCAUUUGGUAAACCGUAAAUAACUUACGUUAAAGCACCUGAAACUCUCAUCAUUCGUGAAACGAGAAGCGCUUCAGUGCAAAGCAGUGACGCGAAGAAGUGGAUCUCCGUUUGCAGACUAAAUGACUGAUAUUGAUUGUGCAAACAAAAUACUUUACUUCAUGAACAUUAUUAUUUAUUUAUUCGUAAUCAAUGACAACAAAUUAAAAUGACAAAAAGAACAUAACUAUAUUUAGUCAUAACCCAGAACUCUUUAAACGUUUCACAUUUCUGUUUAUAUUAAUCAGAGGCCGUUUGAACUUAAUGUUUUUCCGUUAUGUUCAUGUUGAAUCUAUUUUCUUGUGUAGACUGAAAACAACUUGCUACUUUUCUAAACCAUUUUAUAGCCUUUUAACAAUAACGAACAUAAUGUACAUCUUUUGGAGGGGAUCUUUACAGUGCACUCGAGCCGAGAGCCUUCAUAGUUUUCUUCCAACCUUCAGAACCUUUGCUGAACGUGCAACUAUUUUAAGUGAACAGAACGGCGAAGUAAAUGUUUGACAGAACAGAAAUUUAAAAAAAAUAAUAUAGAAAAAAAUUUUCAAAAAUUAAAAUUUGAAGUGACAAAUUAAAAGGUAACGGUUUUAUUUAUUGCGAAGGGAAAAUAGCCAUAACGAUUUUUCUCACCGCAUAGAGCUACGAUAACUAUUUGGGAGACAAAAAUGCGAAAAGAAGAAAAAAAAAACAAACAAAUUAAAAAAGACUUAAAAAGUUUAUAGACUAUUAAGUGCCUUGCAUUUGAUGAGGUCAGUCAAGAAUACGGUUAAGUUGUUUUAAUUUUAAAAUGAAAGGAAGAAAAAGUAUUUAUGUUACGGGCGCGACUUAAAGUGACACCUUUCUUUAGGGUAACCAAAGCAGGAAACAUUUUGUAUACAGAUCUGGUUGAGAUCAAAUUGAGUGAUCUACUUGAGGCCACGAAUUAAACACUUUAAGGGGCGCUUGAGAUGAAAUCGCGCAGUUUGAAAGCGGGGAAUCGAGUGUUGCAAGAAUUAAGUUAGCCCUUGUUUCAAGGUAUGUCACUUGUCAGCGAUCAUGGUCUUUAGAUACGUGCCAAUAAUUUUUGUAGAUGGGUUUAUAAAGAGUUUUGUAGUUGAAUUUUAUGAAUAAAUGUUCUCAUGUUAUCUUU